AUGAAAGCAGUUCAAGCGCGCUUGCUGAAGGAAAAGAUGUGGACAGCCUGGAAGGAAUUCACCAAUUGGGAAUUAGCCAUUAAACACGCAGACGAGCUGAACGCCGUCAUCAAAAAUCAAAAAGGCGUUAUCAAAGGUCAAAAGAAGGAGAUUGAGGCGUUGAAAGAGGUACUCGAUGAACUUGGAAUUUCUGUUGUGAUUCAGUUACAACUGUGGCUUCACCGGUCUGAAACUUAUAAGCUUUAUACUUUUUACAAGGUACUAUUAUAGUUUCAAUUAAAUUUUUGUUAGUACCUCAACAUCCUGCAGCUGAUCAAAAUACCCUUUCCCAAUCACCCCCGCACCAUACAGACCGUCGCCAUGCUCGAGCGUGCACAGGCAGAUGCCAAAGAAAUGCUCCAAGUACAGGAGAAGAUGAAGCAAGAAAUUGCGCAGUUGCAUAUCCAGAUAGAGGAGAUGAACGCUGACUAUGAAGAACUUCAAGCCGAAGCCGAAGCAGUACGAAAGGAGUAUGACGCGUAUAGGAAGGAGAUCGAAAAAGAGAAAGCUGAUACGACGGAUUACAAUUAUGGCUUGGGAUUUUUUUGGUUGCAAUGAUGGUUCGUUUUUCUUUCUCUUUCUUCUAGCAUCUCCACUAUUAUCGGUUCAGAACAGAUCACGAUUCUUUUAUCUAUAACUAUUUAAUAAACUCACUUUGACCACUCGUUAGGCUAUUACUUCCACUUCCAUAACCAGAGGGACUCUAAGUCCGAGGCCUCUCGCAACGUUUCGCCAAGCUCUUCCAGAAAGAACAGCAGGAACGUAUUAAGUUUCAGACGAAGCUUCACAUCCUGGCCACACCAGAGGAGAUGGAGCAGCUGAUCAAGCAAGAUGAGUACGAAGCCAUUGUGGCACGGUUAGAGGAGUAUGAUAGGAUGUUCGAGUACCUACGUGCUGAAAUGGCAAAUGCAGAAAACUACAAGACGCAAAUACAUGAGUUGAAACUGGUAAUUUUUGCUAGAACAAGGAUUUGUAUUCUAUGUAUUAAGUACUUAGUUAGAACGAAGAAUUUGCAUUCUAUUAUUAUUACUGGUAUUAAGAUUCUAUGAGUUGAAACUGGUAUUAAGGAAGAUUUGUAUUCUAUUAUAAGUACUUAGUGAUGUUGCAGCUGCGUUUUUCACGAAACUAGACCAAGAACUAUAAGAUGAAAUAUAGGCUAUUUUUGUCUUUUUUCACCUCCUAGAACAAGGAUUUUUCAUCUAUUACAGUGCUGUGCUUUUUUCCCGAAAUUACAAAAAUAGGCUAUUUUGACCCUUUUUCACCUUCUUCACUCCACAUCUCCACAAAUAGGCUUUUUUGACCCUUUUUCACCUUCUUCACUCCACAUCUCCACCAGAUCCUGAAAGACGCGAACAUUUUGAUCCUUUUUCACCUUCACUCCACAUCUCCACCAGAUCCUGAAAGACGCCAACAAGCAGAUGUCGAAGAUGGCUGACAUCAAGAAGAAGAACCAGCAACUAG